AUUUAUAGUGAGGGCAGCCAUGCUGGCCACCUCACAAUGCAGUCAGUCACCACCAGCUCCUUCAGCCUGUCUGACUUCACCACCAUCCUUAACCAUGACAUCAACAUGUUCUAUGCACUGUUGGGUGACUUGUCAUACUACCUGAACAUGGGCACAUUGAUGAUGACGAAUUUAAGUGCACUCUCUUGGGUAGAUGUUGAGCAGUCUCCUUAUAGAUUGAGCUAUUCGAACCUGAUGAUGGCACUCGCCCACAAUCACAUUGACUUCCUAGACUUGCCUAGAGUCAGGCUGAUGAAGCAAAGACUUUUGUUAUUCAUUGUGAGUCCUGCUUCCAUAUAUAUAUUACCCUGUACUCAUCUCAUCGUAGACUCAUAUUUUCAACUCACUGUGCAGACAUAUCAUCAGAAAAACUCAAAUCAGCUUGUGGCUCGAGAACCUCUUUUUUGA